CCCCAAAGCUUACCUUACAGACUUUUUCUUUGACUUGCUUAUCAGUUUGGACAAAGUCUUUUCUUUAAUAGUCUGGACAUCAGCGGGUAAACCCCGCGUAACACAACUGCUUUUUGGCGUCCAUGUAACUUUUCUUCAUGUUCUUCAUUUUCUGCCAUAGUUAACUUCGGAGUUGUCUCUCUAAGCCUUUUACUGUUUCAGGAUAUAAAAUUUAGCAGCCCUCUUGGUUCAAAUCAGUUGUGAUUUUUUGUGGGUACAGAUAUCAGAAGAUCACUUUCUCUCCUAUCUGAGACAUGGGAAGGCGUUUGGAUCGCCAAGACUCUGAUAUUGAAUUUCAGAGACAUAUUCCGGGCUGUAUGGGGAGCAUGCUUCAUAUUCUUGAUUACAGCCAUAGGCACAGUGUCAAAAAGAUGUCUCCACGCAGAAAACAUAGGAGAGGGAAACAUUCCAUAUGUUUUGGAAAUCCAAAAACUGGUUCUUUUGCGCAUUAUACGGAUGAAGUACAGAACUAUUUGAAUUCUGAUGCUGUCCCCUCACUUGAUGAACAGCAUACAACAAAGGCUACCCCAACUGAUACGAUAUCUGGCAAAGCCCGCAUAAAAGCAUUAAUUGCUAAAGAAAUGUCUGCAAGAUCAUGGUUGCAGAGAACUCAUUCAUUCCAUCAUAUAGGACCUUCAGAUGGCCUUGGUGGAAUAAGUACUGAUUGGACAAAUCCAAUCAUAAUCCUACAGAAGAGUGCUGAUCCUGCUACCUCUGGAUUGCAGAUUCCAUCUCGACCAACAAGCUCCAACGAAAGUGUCACACGCAGUGGAACGUAUAGUCUGCCUGACAUCAUGAGCGAUAAGGGUUGCUUAAAACAACACUUGCUUUCUGCAAAGCAAGAAUUUUCCACAGAGAAUGGUGAUAAAUUAAUGAACAACUCAUUAAACGAGAACCUUUCGGAUGUGAAACAGCUUGAUAGGGGAAUCUCAAGUCACCAAUUUAUGGAAUGUGUGGAUGUUCUGGAGUUAUUUAAGGUAAACAAGAAGUUGUUCCUGGAAAUCCUACAGGAUCCUGAUGUUCAAGCUGCCAAAAACUUCCAUGUUCAGCUGAAUUCCAAUAAAAAAGUAGGAUUAAAGAAAUCGGUGUCAUUUCCUUUGGCUGAUUCCCCAAGCACUAAAUUUUUGAGGCCUAGUACGAUUGAACACAAGCAGAAAGAAAUUUGGUCCUUCCCAAAAGAAAAAAAAUUUCCUGCUGGGAUUGAAGUGCCAAUGUUUGUUGCAUCCAAGGAUUCUCAUGAUAAGCCAAUGGGUUUGAGGCCAGAGGAUAGUGGAGUCUUUGCUGUUACUCAGGAAAUAAACUUUUCUUCUUUUGUAUCAUCUCAAGGAACAAAUAAACAUGGGUGGCAUCAAUCAUUUAUGAUUCAUUUGAAAUAUGUUAUGAAGAAAAUAAAACAUAUGCUCAAAGAGAGCAAAAAGGAGGAUAAACACACAUCAAUGAAUACCAUACCCUAUGGGGUUCCUUCUGGUUGUAAGUUGUCCACUGAUGAGAAAGAUGCUCCUGCAAGGUUGAAGGAGGUUACAACUCACCUAGAUGGUAAAGAAAACUCCGGAAGUUAUCAUGAUACAAAUGGUUCUGAUAAUGAUCUCAGCAAGGGUCAACUCCCUCACAUAAGAAGAAUAUCCUCUCUAAAUGAGUCGGCAGAUAGGUAUGCUCGAUUGUUUGAGUUCAGCUUAACCAAAAAGGCCAAGUGGCAUGACUUUCAAUCUAAGAGCUUAAAAUUGACAAAUGAAGAUAAGUUUACAUCAACUGGCAACAGUUUGAAAACCGUCAGAAGGAGACUUUCCCUGCCAGAUCUCGAGUCUUUUUGUCCCUUGCCAAAUGAGACAUCACACAAUUCAAUUCAUUCAGGGAUUCCAUUUAAGACUUCUACUGAUUAUGAUACAAACGCUGAGAAUGUCAUUCAUAAUGACUUGAAGUCGGAAAGCAUUUGUGUGGCUAUAAAACAAUUUGAACCACGAGAAGCUGUUGAAGAUGCUGAAUUCAAGAAAAACAUAGUAGAGGAAGCUAACAGCUGUGAUUAUGAUGAAAAUUCAGGUGAUCCAACAGCAGUUAUUGAGGAAGAAGUUGCUACCGUUGGAGAACUACAUGAGGAUAGAGUUGAGCAAGAAAAGCAAAGUCCUGCUUCAGUUCUUGAGGACCAUUUUCAAGAUGAAAUAGCAGGCCAAACUGAGUACCUAGUCUCAAAAGGUUGUGAGGUGGAUUCUGGGCUUAUUUGUAUUGAUGAACCUAAUAUUUCUAUCAAUCUACAAGAUGGGUCCAGCAGAAAUUCCUUGACAGGAUGUUGCAGUAGUGCAGACCGUGGGAACGAUGAAAAUGCAUACGCAGUGGCUGUUGAUCACUCCGUGCUCUUCGAAUUAAAUGAACCAGAUGAUACUGAUUUCAAUUAUGUGAGAGAUGUUCUUGAAGUAUCUGGUUUCAUUGAGCAAGGGUGUCUUGGGACCUGGCACUCACUAGACCAGCCAUUAAGUCCCACAUUGUUCAAGGAAUUGGAGGCAUAUUUAAACCAUGAAUUGGAAUGCUCUUCAGAGGAUGUUGGCAGCAACUGUGAUCACCAGCUUCUGUUUGAUUUGAUUAACGAAGUACUACUUCAGAUAUACAAGAGCUCAUUGGCCUACUUCCCAGAAUCCUUCUCCUUCACUCAACGUGUACGUCCAUUACCUAAGGGAAACCAUACUCUUGAGGAAGUUUGGAAAAGAAUUAGCUGGUAUCGGAGCACAGCAUUAAAGACGACUCAAUCAUUGGAUGAUAUUGUGGCUCAAGACAUGGCAAAAGAUGAUGGUUGGAUGAACCUUCAAUUGGAUGUUGAGGACAUAGCACUUGACCUUGAAGAUUUGAUUUUUGAUGAACUUCUAGAUGAAGUUAUGCGUUAGUGAGGAAGUCAAAGCCAGAUAUGAAGCUACCUUCUCAAGGUAUUCUUGUGUGUGUGUGUGUGUGUGUGUGUGUGUGUGUGUGUAUCAUUGCCAGCAUUGUAUGUGAAAAUUUUGUUUCUUUACAAGUCAUUCUUUUUUUUUUCAAAGGAAAAUAUGCGUUUCUUUAUUGCCACAACUGCAGGGGAUAAGAAAUGGUUGGAAUCUUGCAUCAGCUGCUUUACCCUUUCUAUUACAGGUUUUCAAGUUUUCUUGAGUUGGAAAUUUAGGAAAAAAAUAGGAUAGUUCAUUUAAUGUAUAGGCUUGUCUAGUUUUGUGGAAUUCUUUGAAACCAUUCUCCUGUAAUGUACAGUUUGUAACUUGAUGAGCUUGUUUCUGAUUAUCAAGUAGUUCAAUCUUUGAUUAUAGGAAAA